AUGACCAAAUUAUUCAUUACCGGUGUCACAGGCUACAUCGGCGGUGACUCUCUAGCCACACUUGUUGCCAACCACCCAGAGUUCUCAUAUUCCGCUCUUGUUCGGACCACCGAAAAGGCCGAACAAGUGAAGGCCCAGUACCCAUUUAUCCGAAUCGUAAUCGGAGACCUGGAUGAUUCAGCUUUACUGGAGCGAGAAAGUGCCGCCGCGGACAUCGUGCUGCACACUGCAGAUGCGUCAGAUCACGUGGGAGCCGCGAAAGCCAUUAUUGCCGGCCUGGUAGCCGGCCACAGCAAGGAAAACCCAGGCUACUUGCUACACACCGGAGGAACUGGUAUCCUGUCCUGGGAGGACAGCGACAAGAAAGAAUACGGAAAUAGAAGUGAGCACGUGUACGAUGACUGGGAUGGGGUGGAUGAACUACUCAAUCUGCCAGAUCACGCAUUCCAUCGGAAUGUCGACCAGCUCGUCCUCCAGGCUGCAGCCCAGCAUGCCGAUGUGCUCAAGACGGCACUUGUUUGUCCGCCUACGAUCUACGGCAAAGGAAGAGGUCCGGUUAAUCAACGUUCGCGCCAGGUGUACGUAUUAGCGAAUGUGACGCUCCGUCUCAAGAAGGGCCCGAUAAUCGGUGCCGGCCAGUCACUGUGGAACAACGUUCACGUCAACGACCUGAGUGACGUCUAUGCUCUACUAGUCGACGCGGCGAUUGCGGGCCGAACUGAUGACGGGCUCUGGGGUCCUAAGGCCUACUACCUUACUGAGAAUGGGGAACACUGCUGGGGUGAGCUAGCCAAAGCUACAGCAGAGGCAGCCACGAAGCUGGGGUACCUGCCAGAGGCAAAGACCGAGGUACUUGACCCUGUUAUCGCUAAGCAGUAUGGAGGAUUUGAGUCUCUUAGUUGGGGCAUGAACUCUCGUGGUCGCUCACAGCGGGCACGCAAGAUCCUGGGAUGGAACCCUUCGCGGCCUAGUCUGGUGGAUGAACUACCGGAGAUUGUUCGUGGCGAGUGGGAGCGACUGCAAAAUGCUUCCUAG